CGUCAGAGACUACUAUACUAUAGCGCGCGCGCGAAAAUUGAGUAGCUGGUAGAGUGUAUGCUCGAGUCAUUUACAUUUAGAGUUUUAGGUUAGAGUCGUGGCUACUAGUGAUUGAACUGUUUAUCCAGUUAUGAUGAAUGAAGAAGAGUUUCAGGAAAUAACGUGUGCUGAAGAUUUUGGGCAAUCAUUUUUGAACUCUGACAACAGCGAGAAUUUGACCUUGUGUUCAAAUGUUCCUGCUUUGUGCACAGAAGAACCAUGUAUUCUCGGCGUUGAUGAAGCUGGCAGAGGACCUGUUCUUGGUCCCAUGGUAUAUGGUGUCAGCUAUUGCCCAAAGAGCAAACAAGACGUUUUGAAUGAUCUAGGAUGUGCUGACUCCAAAAGUCUUACAGAAGAAAAAAGAGAAGAUAUUUUUAAAAAAAUUUGCAGUGAGCGCGAUACAAUUGGCUGGAUCGUUGAAGCUAUAUCACCAAAAACUAUCUGCAAUAAUAUGCUUAAGAGGCAAAAGUAUUCUUUAAAUCAGAUUGCUCAAGAUUCAACAGUGCAUCUCAUAAACAGUGCAUGUUCAAAAGGUGUUAGAAUUGCAGAAGUGUAUGUUGACACAGUUGGAAUGCCAGAAAAGUACCAGGCAAAGCUUUCUGCUAUAUUUCCUGAACUUAAGAUCACUGUGGCAAAGAAGGCUGAUGCUACAUAUCCUAUUGUUAGUGCCGCUAGCAUAUGUGCUAAAGUUUCUAGAGACCGGGCACUUUCAGUAUGGAAAUUCACAGAAGGGUUGGAACUAACAGCUAAAGAAUUUGGAAGUGGAUACCCCAAUGACCCAGUAACUAAAAAGUUUUUAAUAGAGAACAUUGACCCGGUAUUUGGAUUUCCACAACUUGUUAGAUUUAGCUGGUCGACUGCAGAUAAAAUAUUGCAAGAAAAUGCUGUGCAAGUUGAGUGGGAAGAAGAAGAUGACGAUGCUGAAGCAGACAAAUCAAAUACAAGCAUUACUUCAUUUUUCCAAGUUGAGAAGAAAAAGAAGAGAUCUAAACAUCCAUUUUUUGUACAUAGAAAACUCUCAAAUCUUGAAACGAUGUGAUUAAAAGUGUAUCACACAAGUAUCUUGUUUCUCCUUGAUUCCCAAAACUGUAUGUGUGAAGGUGGAGACAGCUGCUAACAGGGAGGAAACUUUCUCUGAAAAAUUAGGCACUGACACAGGGAACUAAAUCUGGAUUAUGUACACUCAAGAGCCAAAACAUUAUGACCACUGCCCACUGCAAGAUAGAAUGACACCUGACAGCAUAACAAACAUGUGACUCAUUAAGGAUAGUGUAUAAGUAGAGGAGAUAUGACUGUGAAAUCAUUCUACAAUGGAACUUUGAUUGUACACAAUAAACUCGUAUCUCUUGCGAAAAACCUCUAAGAUCAAUGCUAAAAAUUCCUCAAUUUGAUGUGUCUUCCUAUUAAGGUUUACCUCAGCUGUAGUUUCUUACCCAAUGUCUCACUUUACUGUAUACAGUUUUCUUCCUAAUGACAUUUGAUGUGACUGAACGAAUUGUAAGUGGCACAAAAGACAGACAGUUUGACCGCAAGUGGUAGCAGAGUCAAGGGAAUAUUUUUGGCUGUUGCUGUGAGGGGAGACAUGAGAGAAAAUGCUGAUGUAGUUGACCAACAUACCCAAUACAACUUGCAAUGUUUAGCUUCACUGCACAAUUAUGAUAAAACUGCUGCUAGGUCAUGGCAGCAAUUGAAUAACAAUUUUAGCCAGUACGUGACAAUGGGGCCUUUUCCAUGAGCCACAUUGUCAACAUUUUAAAUUCAAACACGGAGUCUUGAAGAAUGUGUUUGGUCAGAAUCAAGUAAACGUGACCAUUUCUGGCUAGUGAGCUUUGGUUGGCGACGUGUUAGGUCACCCAACAGCCAGCACAGUAAUCACACCACACAAAUCCAGUUUAAAUGAGCAGCUAACUAGUCAAAAUCGACUACUUGAAGUGUGUGCACCUUUCAUACGUACGUGUAAACCAGUGAGCAACCACGACUCGAGUGUGUCUGACAUCAAUGAUCUAUAGAUUGUGCCAAGUUUGGUGCAAGCUGCACUUGCACAGAGACAAUGGACUAUGGCAGCAUCUGCUAACAUUGGAAGUCACAAUCUAUUCUGGUAGAGUUCACUCACAUUAUAGAAAUGGAUUUUGUGAUAUUGUCUUCGUAAUCUGUAUUGUGUUGUUAGCUUUGUU